AUGCGGGAUGCUUCCCUGUACCAGCGCUGGGCCAUAGCAGAGCGAGGUGACCGUGUCCCCCCCGCUCCCGAGCUCCUCCGAAAGUGCCUCACGGACCUUUCGGUGAGCCACUGCGUGAGGCCUGUGCUCCUAUACGCUGCUUACUCCAUCUACCUUGCACGCGGAGCGCCAAGUAGCGCGGCUCUUAUACCAACGGCCACCGAGCUCGUCGCUCAUUUGGCCUUUGCGAUCGCUGUCGAUGACACCAUGUUUUAUUGGGCGCAUCGGGCGCUGCACCAUCCUUGCGUCUAUAAGCACAUCCACAAGCAGCACCACGAAUUCAAGCAGCCGGUCGGUCUCGCAACCGAGUACGCACACCCGCUCGAGGAAGCGUGCAACACGCUCGCCACCGCGCUCGGCCCGCUCCUCUUGGGCUCGCACGUGGCUGUCUCGGUCGGCUACAUGGGCCUCAAACUCUGGCAGUCGAUUGACGCCCACUCGGGGAUGCUACUCCCGGUACCACUCUCACCGUGGAACCUCUUGCCGGGGAUGGACUGCGCGGCCGCUCAUGAUUUCCAUCACUCGCACAACGUGGGAAAUUUUGGCGGCUUCUUCACGUUCUGGGACCGCGUCUGCGGCACGGACGCUGCAUACCGUCGGUUCCUCGAGAAGAAGAAGCAGAGGUGA